CAGUUUUGGGUUAGGUCGUGUCGAGCAGCAAGAGUAAAUUCACUCCGAACAUUACCUCUGGUUUGCGUAUUUGUUUUGCGCCCACGAGGACCGAGUGAUGUAAUCGGUUCAUCAGCUUUCACGACGUGUUUGUCAUAAGCAGUGUUACAGUGCAUCAGGAUCACGAGAAUCCUACAGCAUCAGCAGGUAUUGGAGAUACGGAGUGCGGAGUAGUGUUUCUCAGCCUCACCUUCACACCUUUGCCUUGAUAUACAGCCAUGUGUGGAGACAUUGACCCGCCGCCAAUUGCACGCACGACGUGCAGGGCCCUCCAGAUGGUGCUCCUGUUACUGCUGGCCGUGGCUGCACCUGCUGCUGCGGCGCCCGUGACGUCAGCAGAGGAACCCACAAGCACCAGCACCGAGGCGACCACGGCAGGCGCUGGCGACCGGCUGCUCGAGUCUCUUACCCAGAAAGAGCGAGUGGCUUUGAUGGCGUACGAGCUGGCGGCAGCGCUGCAGCGGCUGGCGGAGCAGGAGGCGGAGGUCGGUGACGUCACGGAGGAGGCGACGGCGCGCAUCGUGACGCGGCAGGGGGACGCCUCAGACUACAGCGACACGGAGAGCGGCGAGGAGACGCCCGCCACCACGCCGCUGCACCGCGCGCUCGCGCUACAGCCCUACAGCGCCACCACCAGCGUCGCCAAGAGCAUUUCGUUGUCGAAGACAUUUCAGUCCAUCCUAAACCGCUGGGUGCAAGCGAGGUCAAACGUUACCUACUACAAAGUCGUGAAAGUCAAUGCCAAGAUAACAAUCUGCUUUCCUUUCAACGUUUGCUUCGAAAUACAGGAUCCUUGGGGCCUAUGCUGUCCCUUCUGAACCACAGAAACACGGUUUAUGAAGCUUUUUUAUUAGUGAUACCUGUGUUACAUGGUAGCAUGUAGAACACAGGACACAGAUACAUGAGAAACGAUUUCGAGCCUACAUAAAAAGUUUUCAUAAUGUUGCCAUCACAUAGACAACAACUGUGUUCAUAUAUGAUAAGACAUUGAGAAUAUUUGUUCUGAUAUUUUUGGUUGUGGUAGUUCAUACUUUUUAAUGCCAUAGUACUGAUUGCAAGGUCUGUAGUAUGAAGCAGCUGCAUUUUUUUCUGCUUUAUAUGACUAGGUGAUAAACGUCGUAUUUUUGUACAAGUUAAAUGUUUGAUAUUGUAUACAGUAAAGUUAU